CUGUAACCGGAAAGUAAUAAUGUAUUAUACAACUAUAUAAACCCAAGUUUCGUUCUGAAUCCUUCACAACUUUAUUUGUCAUCCUCCGGAGUUCUUCGCUGUUCCAACGUUCUCUAGUUCUUUUGUUCAUGAUGGGUUCCUUCAUUGUUGCUGUUUCAUGCCUUUUUGCUGUCAUUAGCGCUCGUCCCCAAUAUGGAAAAGGUGGUAAUGUAGGCAUGUCUAACAUGAUGAUGAACAUGAUGCCAGCUAACAUGGGCAUGAACAUGAUGCCAACUAACAUGGGCAUGAACAUGAUGCCACCUAACAUGGGCAUGAACAUGAUGCCACCUAACAUGAACACGAUCCCAGCUAACAUGAACAUGAUCCCAGCUAACAUUAAUAUGAUACCAGCUAACAUGGGCAUGAAUAUGGUGCCAGCUAACAUGGGAAUGAACAUGAUGCCAGCCAACAUGGGAAUGAACAUGAAGAAUGGAGCAAUGAACAUGAUGAUGCCAGCUAAUAUGGGAAUGAACAUGAUGCCAGCUGAUAUUGAAAUGAGCAUGCCAGCAGGUAUGGGUAAUAACAAAGGAGCAAAUAACAUGAUGCCAAUUGAUAUGGAAAUGAGCAUGCCAGCCGGUAUGGGUAACAACAAAGGAGCAAAUAACAUGAUGCCAAUGGAUAUGGAAAUGAGCAUGCCACCUAAUAUGGGUAACGGAGCAAAUAACAUGCCAAUGAAGGUGGAAAUGGACAUGCCAGCUGCUAAUGGUAAUAACAUGGGAGCAAAUAACAUGAUGCCAAUAGAUAUGGAAAUGAGCAUGCCGGCUGGUAAUGGUAACAACAAAGGAGCAAUGAACACCAUGAUGCCAGCUAAUAUGGGCAUGAACAUGAUGAUGCCAGCUAAUAUGGGCAUGAACAUGAUGAUGCCAGCUAAUAUGGGCAACAUGAUGAUGCCAGCUAAUAUGGGCAACAUGAUGAUGCCAGCUAAUAUGGGCAACAUGAUGAACAGAGCUAUGAACAUGAUGAUGAUGCCAAUGAAUAUGGGUAUGAUGAAUGGUGGAAACAAUGGCGGUAUGCCCAAUGCUAUGAUGGGAAACAUGAUGGGAGCUGGUAACAACAAAAUGAAAUCUCUCUAUUAAGUUUUUAAAACACCAACACACACUGGAUCAUAGAGGAAGGACCCCGGGGAUGAACUAGAUUUUUUUCCAUUGCACAUUGAAUAAAAUUUGUAUUCAAAUUUAAA